AACAUUUCGUCGAGAGCGGUGUCGGAUUCUGGCGAAUUCGAUAAAGAUAGACAACGAAUAAAGACUUCUAUAUAUCUAGAAAGCUUUUCAGAGUAAAUGUGUGUUUUGUAGAACGGUCAAUACGGACGAAAUCGUAAUAAAUCUUAACUGAUUCACAUCGCGUGUUUUCGAAUUUCACAAAAAUCCCUGUGGGCCUUAUUGUUGUAUAUUGUGUUUACGCUCGUCACGAAUGAAAGUAUAACGCGAUACACUUUUCGUUUCGUUUCAAAAAGAAUACAACGGUCUUUGGGCGACAUUUAGUUUCGCUUUUCGUGAACACGUUGGCUUGCUUAAACGAAAGACGUACGGCACGUUACCUGCCAUAUAGAAUGGGCGCGAGAAUUUCGUCGACUAAACGAUCAAACAUGGAAGCCAGUGAAAGCAGAUUACAAAGAUACAAGAACAUUAGUAUCGUGACCAUACCUUCGAAACCUAGUCCGAGCGCGCAAGCUAGACCAGAGAAAUUAGACAUAAUCUUAGAUAGACCAAAGCUAACAGACGAAGUAACGCGAGCACACGCUUGGAACCCAGAGGACAAAUCGCCGAAUGUAUUUAUAAAAGACGACAACCCAUACGUUUUACAUCGACACCCGGUCGCGCAAAGCACCGAUUGUGUGAGAGGGAAAAUUGGUUAUAAACGAGGUUUUCACGUAUGGGAAGUGCGAUGGCCUUCAAGACAGCGCGGUACUCAUGCGGUUAUAGGAGUUGCUACGUCGAAAGCACCACUACAGUGUACGGGUUAUCAAACGCUUGUUGGGAACAAUCCUGAGAGCUGGGGUUGGGAUAUCGGCCGAAAUAAACUAUACCACGACGAAAAAAACAUCUCAAAGAAGAACUAUCCCGAUACGAACGAUAAUUUCACUGCUCCCGAGUGCGUGCGUGUUGUUUUAGACAUGGAGGAAGGAACAUUGUCAUUUGAGGCAAACGAACAGUUUUACGGCGUUGCUUUUCGUAAUCUUAAAGGGAAAACAGUUUACCCCAUUGUCUCGGCUGUUUGGGGGCAUUGUGAGGUCGAUAUGCGAUACCUGGGAGGCUUAGAUCGUAAGUUUUUAAACAAUUUUAAUUUUCUUUCGUGUUUAUAUUGUUGUUACACAUUGUUCUCUCAUGAGAUCUAGGUGGGAGCAUGACGUCAUAUCCGGUUUCCGGUUCUGAUGUAAAUUCGCUCGGGGGAAUGUGUUGUCUUGAGUGCUCUGAAUCGCUUAUUUUGAGUGCAAUUUCCUUCGCAUUUCUCGUGUUAAGCGUCAUAGGGUAUCAUAAGACGAGUGUGUAGUAUAUUCGCUUUAAGAAAGCGUUCAAAUAUGAGUAGAAAUGGUGAUAUUUUUGUAAGUUUGCAUGUGGUUUUACCCUAAGGCUUAAUUUGUAAACGCAACGCGGUUUACUGUGUUCCGGUUUAGUGUGUUCGAAAAACAACACGAACGUCAAAUGGUUUAUUGUUCUAUAUUUUAGCGGUUUCAUCUUAAACCUUUACACAAAAUAAGUAAUUUUGUGUAAAAUGUUUGAAAUUUUAACAAAUUAGAUCAUUAUAAGCGUGAACUAGUACCAGCAAAGGUUUUUGUUGGGCCCGAUAAACUUUCCAAUUUAUUUUUAUACAGUCUAGCCUCUCAAAUUUGUGAAAUUAUUGUGUUUAAAACUGAAUAUACUGAGGCUUUAUAUUGAUAAAUUCACUAUCCAGUUAUGUUUAAGGUCUACAGCUCGGUUUAUUCAGUCGAAACAGCUUGGAAGCUCUAAAUCAUUGGUCGAAAUAGACCGACAAAGAUUUCUUUGCAAAUCGUAUCGUCUAGAAGUCUAGCCAUCAAUAUUAUUGUGCUCAAAAAUGAAUUCUGUAGCCAUGUUUUGUUACAUUAUCCAUCAAAGGCCAAUAAUUUUAAAGGCUUACGCUUUAUAUUCCUUUCAUGAAAUUUUAAAAUAAGUCAUAGUGUGAAAAUUGGCUGACUAAAAGUUGACUCAUGAUGAACUCCACCAUGUAUUAACCGCGAACGGAAACUACGAGUAAACGCCUGUAUCAAAUGGCUCAGGCGUAAGUUACCGUCACUGAACAUGUCAGAACCAAGAAAAGGUCAAGUUUUGUUAUUAAAACAUACUUUAGGGGGCCGUCGCCGUUGGCUUAUGAUAUUCUAUAGCCUUACAUGGAAACAAACCCAAGUCAUUGCCAAGUAUUUUAAUGUUGGGGCGGUUAAGCCUCAGUUUCCGGUCAUUAUUCGUUUUUCACUUGUAUUUUAUAUUCGAUUCAAGCAUCUUAUCACCUUUUUGAGCAAAGUAUUCUGUACAGGUUCAAAAUAUAACGUAUUAACAAUGCUUUGUAUAUACGAAUCUUACAGUACACAAAUUUAAGACCAAAGGCAUUAUAUAAUAUAUAUUACCCUGGCAAAUAUUUAGGGCUUUGUAGUACAGUGUUAAUAGCACGUACAAGUAGACAGAUAUUGUCGGAUGGCUUAGAGAUAUUAACCCUUCCUGAUAAGAUUUAUGUCUGUGUCUAUGACUAUGUCUACGAAGUAUGAAAAUGGUUUCACUCUUAAUAAUUAAACAAUUUUCAAACAGAAAACAAAACAUGUCAAAAUGCAAUGCAGUGCCUUAAUAAAAUGUUGUAAGUUUGGAGCAAAGUGGGAAAGUCAUUAGACUUAUUACUGGUUCAAGACUCGCAAGCAUGCAAAAUGUUUCAAUAUUGCAAAAUGAAAGGAACCAAAAGGAAAUUUAUAAGAAAUCAUCAGUUUUAAUUUGUUUUUUGGCAAUAUUGAAAAGAGAUUUUUGUUAGCAUGAACGUUCCUACAUUAUGAAUGGUUUAGUGUUCUUUAGUACUUAUGAAAAGUUAGAAAGUGAAAAAGCAAAAAGAAUUAGAAAUCGAAACUGAUGUAACAAAGUGUACUACCAAGUAAUAAUUAGAACAGAAUUAUUAUUACAUUUUAAAAUAAGGAAAGUUCGAAUUUCCUUUUUUUUAAAUAAAGUCAAAAAAGAGGGUUAUUAUAAUACAAGCAAAAAAAAGUUUAUUGCAGUUUGUUUAUAUUCGUACAUAUCAUUAAGACUUUAAAAUAAAACUGAGAUGAAAAAAUGUCAGCCAUUUUCUUUGUUUCAAUAUUUACGCAGUCAUAAAAUUUUGUAUUGUUGGUUAAAAACUGAUAAAAAACUAUUUGUAAGCGUAUUGUUUGCCAUCGUGAAAAUACAGCAAAAACCUUAUAGCAACAGAGCUAAAUUUGGCCACUUUGUUUAUCGAUGUUGAAACAAUAGUGAAAGAAACGUUGUGAAUACAAGUUACUCGUGGCCUAGUGGUUAUGUUCGACAGCUUUGCUUGUGGGAAAGUGUCUUUGUUCCCUUUCAAAAACGCGUAUUGAAACGCCUAAUUAAUUAUGAAACGAUAAUUUGAAUGCUAAGCAACAACACUUUUGUGAAAGAACAAGGCUGUUUUCUUUGUUGUAAGGUUUCUUUAUUUUGUAAAUUUCAAUAUGAAAGCGCUUUUGUGACGAUGGCCUUAAAAUUACGUGUGUCUUAGAAAUAACAAGUCUUCAAUUUUUGUUUCAUUCGUAUCAAAUACAUAUAUAUAUAUAAAGUAUAUAUUAUAGGCAAAAUAGUUUUCGUAUAAAAUUCAUAGACUAUAGCCAAAUUCUAAUACAAAACUUGUCUUUAGUUUGAAUACAAUUCUCAUAUAAACUUAUAGGCCAUGGACAUUUAGUCAAAGGAACUUGCUUUUGCUCCUAAUAUGGCCAUUACUAAAUUGAAGAAGUCGGUAUACUUUACACACUUAACAUAAGUAUAUAUGGCUUUGGCAGUUUGGGGAUAUACAAUAUAUUGAAUAGAAAGCUUUAGAAGUAUAUUGAAUUGUUUCAUUUUGUCUCUGUUUAAUAGCCUACUAUUAUAAUUAGGAAAGUUUCGGUUCGUCAGUACUGACGUUUUUGUGGUUGAUAAAAUAACUAUUCACAUAACUGUCAUAAGUUUCAAAUGUAUAAUAUAAACCUUAGUACUUACGCUGUUAACCGGAAACAUAAAUCUAUAAACGUUUCUAGAUUUGGAUAUACGUAAUCACAGAAUUUUAAGCUACUUAUACCGCUAUGCCUAUAUGUAUUUUAAUCCAGAUAAAAUCAUCAUGAAGUAUGAUUUUGUGCAAGCCAUAAGAGAUGACACAUUUUAUACUUUUGUAGUUUCGAGAUUUUACCAGAUCAAAACUACUUACCCUAUGAUAAUAUCAUAAUAAGUAUUUAUGCUCUCAUGCAAAAUUGACAUAUAGCGAAUAUAAAAGACUUUCUUUCUCUCUCUCUCUAACAAUUAAAAGUUAUGUGAAACCUCAAAAAUGUGAGAGAUAUCGUUUACAAUGUUUAAAUCUAUACAAGACGUAUAUAUUACAGAGUUUGUCGUAUAUUUGCCUCAGAAAUACGUAACAUGUAGCUUCAAUAUCAAAGGUCAUUCUGGAUCCUUAUCGCAUAAUAGCCAGUUUGUCUAACGUUUAUGACGUAAUGUCUAAGGGCUAUGACGAUAGAAAGUGCUCCUUAUAUAGGUUAUACGAUGCAUAGGAAGUUAAAUUGCCAGAACCCCGUGGAUAUGCAGUAAGGAGAUUUAUAAGUCUUUAUUGCCAGAAGUUCAUGUCAGGCACUCUCAAGUCAAGUGUUUCAAAAAUUCCAAUAUUUUUCCUAUUUUUCUAUAGUUAUGUUUUAAUUUGCCUAUUCUAACUACAGUACGGGUGAAUCUAUAGACUCUGCUUAGAGAUUUGGUAAAUAUAUUUAUAGCAUGAUUAGGAAGAAUAGGUAAAUAACACUUCAUCGAUUUAUGAGGCAUGUAAACACGUAAAUCUGUGACGUACAGACGGAAAAACAAGCCAGUGCCCAGUGGCAGUGAAAAAUUGUUUGAGGAUUAAAAUUGUUAGAAUCUUAAAUCGUAAAAGUAAAUUGUCGCAGCAAUAGUUUAGAGUUUGAAAUAAGUUGCCUUGAUUUGUACCUAAAGGAUAAACUAUCUUAAAAUGUUUGACAGCCCUUUCGAAAUUAGUUUUUGAGCAACGGAUCUGGUCAGGAAGUUAUUAGCCAUCUGUUGAUCAAAGAGCUUCAUUUGAAACAAAAAGUGUUUUUACUAACUUUUGCAUAAAAGGAAAUUCACAAUACGGUUUCUAAACAGGCUUUGUUUAUAAUCCUGCUUGUGAAUUCAUAUAUGCCAUAUGGACUUUUAAUUUAAAAACGUCUUUUUGGACACAACAGCACAAUGACAAUGUAGGACACAAAAUAUUACCCAAGCUGGAUACCAAUGAUCACGUUUAAAAUGUCAUUAUAGUUUGAAAAGUAGUCUAAAGUUUCAUUAAAACAGUUUUGUUUGCUAGUUUGGAAAGAUAAUUUUCUUCCUCAUAAUUCCUAAGUACGUACACAUGUGUCUAGCCAAAAUAUUGCCUAUAAUAUUGGGUCUGAGGUGCUUUUAACAAUGGUGGGAAAUGCCGAAAGGAUCGUGCAUUCAGUCAUCACGGCAAACAUUCGCUUAAAACAGCUGUGUUUUCUUAAGUUAAAGUGAGUAUUUUAUCACUCAUCGAAAGAAUGCGACCCGACCAAAUGUCAAUCCAGCUGUGUAUAUACUUGCUUUCUUUUGAUUGGCCAAUGCGAUUUUCUAAGGGAUUUCCCCUGACGCGCUAUCUUCUUCAUGAUCAAGUUCAGUUAUAUUGCACGUGGGUCAGAUCUUAUAAAUUUAAAUAUAAAAUUCGUAGUUCCUAUACAUUCUAGAGGAUACUCAUGUUUUUUCUUCUUUUAAUUCUAGCCGAACCUCAACCAUUAAUGGAAUUAUGUCGAAGAAGUAUACGAAAGUCAAUGGGAAAGCAAAGGUUACUAAAAGUUCAAGACAAUGUUGAGAAAUUGCCAUUACCUGGUUGCUUAAAAAGAUAUAUCCAAUAUCAAUGGUAGGAUGAAGACUACGACAUUGACCUUCUUCAGACUUCUUCCCAUUAGAAAAGACUUUGACAUCACCUGAAACACAAAUGAAGUAUUUAUUGAACAAUGAACAUUCCCAUCAGCAUCAAUGACAGCAAUGAUGAAAUCAUUCAUUCUGGCAGCAUUCUGAUGGUAUUGUAUAAAGUCAAAGACAAUGAAACCCCCAUGUAAACAUUUUCACCGAAGCUGAUUCGGCCUGUUUUCUGCAGGUUCUAACUGACUAGAGGUUUGCAGGAGCUCAUGCAUUUAUACUUGACUGGUACAGUAAUUACCAGUUAUUUGGAAGAUUCUUAACAGUAACCAUCUCUAAAUAUAAGCAACCCCAAAAUUAAUGUACAUAAUUUGCCCUCAUUGCACAUAUGCCCAAUCUUAAUUAAUCUGCAACUUUAUUACCUCAAAACUCAAACCUUAAAAAGUUAGCUUGAUAGACAUGACUGACUAACUCAGGAUGGUAAUGGUACAUGCAUAUUUUAUACCAUACUGCCAUAUUAUUAUCAUAUGAAACAAAUUGCAAAAAUACAUAUCUAAUAUCCAGCCAGAUACCGGAUAUUGUAUUAAGAAAAGUUCAGACCUUGUUUCCAAGUUAAAAAAUGAUUUGAUAUUGUUAAGAAGGUAUGGAUGUCUACAGUAUUUUUACUUGAAAUGACCAGAGAGAAGCUGGUAGUAUUGUCAUUUAGUCAUGCUUGUUUGUGAAUGCAAAAAAGUGGGUUCACCUUUGAAAUUUGUGGGCAAGGCUUUUGCAACUACCAGUGUUCAAGUUUAUCAAUGUUAGACUGCAAAGUUCUUUCUUAUUAUUUCAAGUCAAAAUAUUAUAAACCCUCACUUUAUAUUAACCAAUUAAAAUCAUAAAAAAUAUCAAGUACCUGGCCCAAUAAUUUGGUCAGAUAUUUUUCAACUGUCCAGUAUCCGGCCAGAUAGCAAAAAGAGCUCUAUGUGGUGGACCAUACAUUCUAUGUUAGUCAACUUAUAAAAGCAAUUUCUUGAACACAAUGACACAUGAAGUCAGUUUAAAAUUUUGUUCAAAUGUACCCCUACUGUAUAAUUUUCCCUCAAGCAAAGUUAUAUACAGUAAUCUCAUUUGAAAUGCUUAUAUUUGGGGCGUUACUGGUUUAUUGACAUUUUUGGAUGCACCAGAUUAAUUUCAUAUUUAUAUUAACACUAUUAAAAGAACUUUCAAAUAGAGAUUUUAAUAUUUACUUAUAAAAAUCAUACCUAUUCAUAAGAUAGAUUUAUAAACUAAUAUUAUUAUAGUUUCUUUAUUUAUUAUAAAGUCAUUUUGGCUUUUCAGCCAAAGCAGACAGAGAACUAUAUGUUAUAUAUAAGAUUUAAACUAAUUUGGAAAUAGUAAGUUAUUGGAUAGAUUUUUGUAUGGAAAAGGCAGCAGACAAUUUUGCUGUGACUAAUAUUUGCCACAGUAAUUAAUAUUUUGUUCUGGUUCAUUUUUACAAGAGUCAAAUGUAUAUUUAAGAUGCAUUGUACAUUAUUUAAUGUUUAAGUAUUGAAUCAAUAUAAUAUUAAAAAUUUUUCAAUAUAUUUUUGU